GCUAAACAAAAUGGCCGCUGAACGUAGAAAGGCGUGUCGCGGCUACUCCUAGCGAAUUACGCCGUCUCGGAAACCAUUGAACUUCAGUGAAAAAGUUUACGUGUUUUAUACUGGUUCGUAACUUUGUUUUGUGAUUAAUAUAAGGUGAAUAUAGUAUUUGAUGUUGGAUGUUCAGUCUGCCGUCUCCGAGGAGCGUCGCUUCGCCGCCAGCACUAUGGAGGAUCCUAUGCCGUGUCUGGCCUGUUCCGUGAGGCCUCGCCGCGUGUGCCCGGAGGCUGCAUGUUCGCCUCGCGUGGGCCUGUGUCGAUCGCGGUCGCUUCGUCCCUCGCGAAGCUUUCGUACGCCCGCGCGCCGCUUUCGUAUUCUAAGUAUGUCGGUUUUUACAGCGGCGCUGCCGGGCUUCGCGUCUGCCCGCCGCCAGGCACCGGGGCUUCGCCCCCCGCGUCCCGCCGCGCGCGUUCGGAGCCCUCGCUCCAUCCGAUCCUUGAACGGAGUCGUUCAGGAUGUCUUCCAGACGCAACGGGUCCGUGUCCCGUGCUGCGGAGGCGGCCUCCAAGAACCGGUUGCAUAUGGAUAGGAAUCCGCAACACUCACGGAUCAACGAUCCGUCCAAUCCGGCAGGCCGCCGGAAAGAGAUAGACAACGUUAUGAAGAGAGCUCGCCAGGGCUCGCCGGGCAGCUGGGACCGGAAACUGCUGGAGGUCGAGGAGAAGGAUCCCAACCGAUGGCGUCACACUGGAUACAAACAACUGUAUCUAGAAGGGUCGCGGUCGCCUUCCCCGCGCCGCUCCAGGUCCCCGGCAGUUAGGCGGUCCAGAACUCCUCUGCCGAGCCGUCGGUCCCGGUCGCCCGUGGUCCGCCGCUCGCGCUCGCCGGUGGGGCGCCGCUCGCCGCGCAAGUCGCGCUCGCGCUCCGCCCGCCGCAGCCCUAGGCGAAGCCCUAUCAGCAGACGCAGUCCAGCCCGCAGUCCUCGUCGCCGCUCUCCCCGCCCUCAGGCAGCCCGGCGUCCCGCCGCCCGCCCCGCCGCCGCGCCCGCCCGCCCACCACCCGCUCGACCAGCCAGGCCGCCCUCGCCGCCUGAUCCUAGGAAGUCUUCCGGCUCCGGAUCGUCAGUGAGCAGUUGUUCGGACGAGUCGUGCUCCGUGUGCUCGGCCAAGAACAAGAAGACUGCGCCGCCCGCCAAGCCGGCUAAACCACCACCUGCGGCAACGACAUCCCCGUCGCGUCCCCGGCCCGCCCGCGCGGUACAGCCGACCCGCGAGCUGCUGAAGGCUCGCGAGGCCAGCAAGCGCACCCGGGAAGAGAAGGUAUGUGCGCCUCAUGUCCUAGAAUGGCAACGCACACAAAUGGCAGUCCGUCCCAUGCCCACGACGCACAUCAAGCGCGAGGGCGAGCGGCGGGCCGGGCCCCCCGCGGCGCCGCCCGGGCCGCCGGGCCCCGCGCCGCCGCGGCCCUCGCGCCGGGACCCGCGCGCCGUGUCGCCGGCUGCUAUAGCUGCUGCACUCAAUGAUACGGAUAGCGAUAGCGAGUCCGAUGCUAGCUCGGAGCCGCAGCCGCAGAGGUUAACCCUCUCAGAGCGUUUUGGCAAGAUGGCGCAGUGGUCAGCGGACCGGUCCGCCCGGCUGGAGAACAUGCGCAUCACGCGACGCGAGAGCACCCUGCACGUGCGCAUCGAGCGAGACGACGCCGCCCCGCAAGAGCACGUGCCUAGCACUUACCCGGCUCUCGAAGGUGCAGCGACAGGCAGUUAUCCUGAGGAACUGCUCCUAGCAGCCCCGGCCGGUCUACCAUCAUGGGACGAUGUGCGCGUCAGAUAUGACUACUAUAAGAAACGAGGGUAUCUUAGAGGUCUGACUCUGGGCGACUACGUGAAGUGGGAGGAAUGGUGGUACAAGUACCAGGAGUGGCUCAAACACGAGCGAGCUUACGAGCGCUGGGCCGAGGGCGAGGUGGGCACGGUACGUCGCGAGCGUCGCCGCCGCGGCGGGCGCCACAGACGCAGCUGAGGGCGCGCCGCCCCCGCCGCCGUCCUCUCCGUGGACCUGGCGGCGGGGGCCCGCUCCGACGUCUGAGCGCAGCGCCGGGGCUCCGCCACCCUCCCCGGCACAACACACGUGCCUGGGGACAUGUGCUUGACUUGACUACUAGUGAUAGUGUUAACAUAGUGACAACUAGAAGUGUAGAAAGAAAAAUACAUCAAUCACAUGUAACUUGGAAAACUAGUGUUAUAGUAAAAUAGUGAACAAAUUAGUGUUUGUUAAUGAAGUGUUGAACACUGGAAACUGAGUGAAACACUGCUACUCAGCAUGCGGUUAGACUGGAAGCCGACCCCAACAUGUUGAGAAAAAGGCUCAGAAGAUGAUUAUGUGACGUAGUGUUGAAAAACGGUGACAACUUAUAUCAUCAUGAUCAUCAUCCUCCUUUAUCCUAAUUUUAUUUGGGGUUGGCAAAGCACGUUUUGACAGUGACAACACAUAAUAGAUGUUAUUAACAACCCGGACAAAAUAUAGCCUAUGUUACUCUGGUUAGUGUAGCUUUUAUACAGUGAUAGAUUUUUAUAAAAUUUUCAUAUUUCUCUUCUUAACUAUAUUAUACACACAAACACUACAGUGGAAAGUGCAUCUGAUAAAGAAACUGUAAAUGUGCUGACCUUAAAUGAAAACUAUUUUUAUAGUGAUGUGUGUUAAAAACAGUUUAAUAUACUAAUAUUACAGAUAGACAGACACUACAGUGUGAAAGUACUGUAUAAAUUGUGUACUAACUUGUACCGUGUUUGACUGUGCCACAUACAAAAUUGUGAAGUGUGAGGAACACUGUGGUAUAGCAAAAAAAUCAAAACCGAUAUAAAACUGUUGUAUUGUGCUUAAAAACUGUUUAAAAAAUUUGAAGCAGUGCUUAUAAACUGAAAAUUGAGUUUCCACGAUUGUUAAAAUGCUAAGAACUUGUGAAAAAAACAUUUUUAGUGCACUAGAGCGAUCUUAGUGUGUUGAUUGAGAAAUCAGUCACAGAGAAACUUAUGCCUUGUGUGAACACUUGAUAAUGCUGUAUCAGUGAUGAAAAAACUGUACCACUGUCCAAAUAAAUGGAUAUUUUGGUUAUAACAGUGUUAAAAACUGUACUCAGCUGUCUUGUGAAUGCUGUGUUUGUAAUAUGAUACUAGUGCACAAAAUUUUGAGUGAGAAAUUGACACUAUUUUCUUAUAGUGAACAGACUCACUAGUUUGUGAAUUUCAGUGUAGUUUUGUGGUAGAUAAAGACUACCAAAUGUAGUGUGAAGGACCUUUAUAAUGUAUCCUGCCUGCCUUGUAAGGCGUGAACUAAUUUUUGAAUGCUUCUAAAACGUUGUACUGUGAAAUCAUGAACUGUUUUCAAAUAAUGUGUGAACAGUGAUAUAAAAAUCUUUCAAAAAAAGGUGAUAGUGAAUUCAAAACUGCUAAUUAGGACUUCAACAAAUUGGAAAGGAUAAAAAAAAUAUUGUAAAGUUGGAUUUUUAUAGGUUUGUGUAUCUGAUGAUUUUGCGAACAAAAUUACCAAUAAGGUAAAAGUUUUAUAGAUAAUUAAAUAAAAAUCAUGUUUUCUAAAUGACCAUACAAAGUGAGAAAUACAAGUGAAUGAACGAUUUUCCUAUAAAAUUGAAGGUUUGUGCAGCUUCAAUACUUUUGAUGCUAAAGUAGAUGGUAUUAGUAUGGUGACUAUUUACAAAUGGACAAUUUUGUCUGUACAGCUCUUGUAAAUUAACUUGACCGCUGUGAAGUUGGUAACUAGUGGCUGUGCAAGUCAAUAUCACAAACAAAAUACUUCUGCAAGGAGUUAAAGAGCUGUCUUCACACAGGUAUAGUUAUUUUAUGAGAGCUGUAAUGUUAAAAAUCAAUGGAUUUGCUUAUUAAAGAGUUUGAUAUAUGGACGAUAAGAACGGACUUUUAGUAAGCUAAUCUGUGGUGUAAAGUUGUACAAUAUUGAUUAAAACAUUCUAUAUUUAGACUGUGCCUGAUCUCCGGUGGUGUCGGAUUGUCGUCCCAUCGGGCUAUGAGAGUGAAGGAAUAGUGAGUGCACCUGUGUCCAAGCAAAUACUUGUGCACUAUUAUAUGUCCUGUGCAGCUGGCUGAUCUUGAGAACAGUCUAAAUAUAGUCUGUUUAUUUUGAAUCUGCAAGUCGUAAUGUAAAAAAUAUCUCCCUAAAAAAUAUAAAUGUAUAGAAAAUAAUCUAAUGCAAGAUUGAAGGUAGUUCUGAAAUUGAAAUUAUGGAGUAAAAGUCUUGUCAAAUAAGUUUGCCUCUGUGAAAUGCUGUGCACAGCAAUUUUGACUAUAGUGAAGUCACUUCUAGCUAACUUCGGAGUGGUAAACUUAUCUGAAGAGAAAUUGUAUGAGGUUUAGAUAAGAGUGAACAAGACAAAUUUUGCUCUUUUGAAGACUUCUAAAGGAUUGGAAAAAUCUUAGAAAUUAAAAAAAAUCUAGUUUAUACUCUAAUAAUCAUGAAAUAUAAUCGAAAAAAAAAUACAAGUAUAUGUAAAAUAAUUUAUAAAAAAAAAUAUAGUAAUAGAAAGAUUUUAAUAUUGUUAUCUUAAAAAUGGUUUUUCUGUUUGUCUGUUAUUAAAAUUGGUAUUUUAUGAGUUCUGACUCAUAUCAGACAGAAAGACCUCGGUAAAUCAUGUCAAAAGUAUAUAAAAAAUGAACUUAAUAUUGUUGAAUGAACAUGAAUUAAACAUAAAAAAAUAGCGAUCAAAUGACUAACUUAUACAGUGAGUUACACCAUUUAACUAUAACAAAGCGCCAUGUAGGACGUCCACCAACGAGGUGGACAGACGACCUUAUAAAGGUCGCCGGAAGACGCUGGAUGCAGGUCGCCUCCAACAGGUAUCUGUGGAGAUCUGAGGGGCAGGCCUGUGUUUAGCAGUGGACAUCCUAUGGCUGAGAUGAUGAUGAUGAAAGGUGUGGUGGCCUAGUGGGUAAAGUACCAACCUCUCAAGUGCGACUGGGUUCUAUCCCAGGUCAGCCAAGUGCCGAUGCAACUUUUUAAAGUUUGUAUGUACUUUCUAAGUGUAAACGGUAAACUGUAGGUCCCAGAUGUCAUUGAACAUCUUUGGUAGUCAGAAGGCAGUAAGUCUGAUAACCAGUCAUAACUAGGGAUGUUGGGUUGCCCAGAUAACUGGGUUGAGGAUGUCAGAUUAGCAGAUGCACCAUUUUCAGAUGGCUAAUCGCCGAUCCAAUGGACGGCAAGUAUACGGCUGGUUAUGGUUUGGUUAUCGUUAUAGUUAAAUGGUGCAACCCACCCUUAGUAUGUAGAUAAUUAUAUUAAAAUCAUGUUUAACUGACUUUAAAACUAAUAUUAGUUUCGGAGCCACUUUAUAAGUUAAAAAAUUAAUUACUAUCCAGUAAUUUCGCUUAACAUUGUAAAUAGACUUAUUUACCUAACUGUAUGUAUUUUAAAUACGUUUUUUUUACUGUAAAAUUAUGUGAUUCUUUUGUAUAAGUAAUUGGCUGAAAACCUUUGUAACUACAGGGAUCUGCUUCCAAAAUAAAACUUAUCCUUAUGGGGUCUAUCACUUCAACUAGGUUUAAAAAUAAAAUGUGACUAAAAACCUAUGUAUGCAAUAUUAUUUUUCAAAGUGCUAUAAAAUUACGUUGCUGUCUUCAAGUUAGACCCCAAAAGAUGAAUUUACCGAAAAAAAUGUGUAAAAAAAAUUAUAUGUCCCUUGAGAAUUAAAUGUAUUGAUGUCUUAGAAGUACAACAUUUUUAUAUUUAUUUUAUUGAAAACCUUUUAAACUAGUUUGUAGAUUAUAGUAAAACAGUACGGACUACGUAUCUUGGCGAAUCUGAAUAAAAAAAAUAUAUCGUAACUAGCUUCCACCCGCGGGUUUCACCUGCAUCUCAAGUAAAACUACUUCCAAUACAGGAUGGGGCAUAAAAAGUAUCCCAUGACCUAGUUCUAAGCUACCUCCCCACCAAUUUUGUGUCAAAUCAGUUCAGCCAUUCUCGAGUUAUAAAAUAGUGAAAUAGAUGUUUUUACACAGCAAUAUCCAAGAUGCUUCGACCGUAAUGUUGCAAUAGUACUACGUGUAAUGGAUGUCUCAAUAUAUUUAUCGUAGACCAAUAGUUCAAGUUUGAUUAGCUGUCUCGGUAACUGGCUAAUAUUGGUAUAAGCACAGCAACAGCAAAUACAUGGUAGCUUGGAGGCUAAUGGACACACUCAGGAGUCAUUUAAUCGUUACUUAAGUCAUUCUAUAGUGCAGAAUUUCUAUGAGAAUCUGUCACUAAGGAGUGACUUGGCAAUCAUUAAAUGUCUCUGACUGAAGCUUUUCAAGUGUGAGAGUAAAAGUUCAAAGCCUGACAAGUUUCUUGCCAAACGUAGCGCGAGUCACUACGCAGAAACCAUUUUUAGGAAUGUAGAUGCGAGAAAUUGGAAGAUAUCGAAAUAGCUAAUCAAACUACAAAAUGAAUAUUGUUUAUUAAAAUCAAUUCUGCUUUAGAGGUACACAGCGUUGUAAAAUUAAUGUCAGAUUUAUUCUAGAACUAUACUUCAACUAUCUAAGGCAGUAAGGCCGUUAAAACGUUGUUGAGUAGGUCAGAUAGGCAGUCGCUCCAUGCGGCUCACUGGUACUCAGCUGCAAAGCCGAUCCCAACAUAGUUUGAGAAAAGGUUAAGCAGAUGAUGAACAUCAAUGGAGCCCUUUGUGUCCAACGCAGCAGUCAUUAACUCGAACAAUCCCCCAUGUCCAAAAAUAUAAGAUCUAUGUUUAAGUAUAGUUCUAGAAUAAUCUACAGAUAAAUGUCGAGUCUCAGCCAGAACUAAUUUGUAAAGCAAAGCAAUGAUGUCUCAUUGUAAUAUAACGUAAUAACGUAUAUAUAUUGUAAAAUUACUUUAGCUUGUUGGCCACACUUCUAAUAUUGGCAUUGAAAAUUAAAGACUUGAGCUUAGGGCUAUUAAAAGGGUGUUAUAGCAUCUUAUAAAUGUUGAAAAAUGAAAGAAAAAUAACAUUUUAAAAGCCCAUUGUUGUUACGAAGAACCCCUUUCGUGGAAAGUCGGUUAAAAAAAGUGUAGCCAACAAUAUAAAGUUGCAAUGAUAAAUGUUUAAUAUAUUAUAUAAAUAACUAAAUGUGUGUCCGAUUGAUGUAGUGUAUCGUCUAUUUAGAAUUAUAAUACCUAUGCAAUUAAUAUAAGGCGUAUGUCAUACGAUUAGUAAAUGUCUUGAUUUUAUUAAAACGUUAAGAAAUGUAUCAUUAAUUGAUCUGACAUUGUACAUGACUUUGCGAGCCUGAAUUUAGCCGCAAAUUACUACUAAAGAAUAUAUUGUAGCAACUUCAAGUUGGUCAAAAUACAUCUUUCGAACUGUACAAGAUUAUAUAUGCAUAUAACAUUCAAUGCUGUAGUAAGGGGUGUGUAUUGUAAACAUAUCAUGAUAUUUACUAAUCGUAUGAUAUUAAAAUGUUGUCGCGCAUGAAUGUAAAUAUACAUUGUCUUCUAAAAUUCAAGAAAUAUAUACGAAAUAUAUAAUACAUAUUUAAGACAGAAGUUUAUUUCGUGCGCGACAAUGUCGGCUAAAUCGGCCUGUAGAAUAGUUGUCCCUUCGAAUAUGAUAUCAUUACAAGAAUACUUUCAUUAUAUUUACAGAUUUUUUAUUUAAUAAAUUCCGCUAAUUCGUA